CUUCCUUCAUCGUUCUUAUUUUUGGAUAUUGUAGCUUCUUAUUCUUCUUUUCCCCCUCCUCUCCUCUGUAUAACCAGCGAGAAAGGGUCAAAGUUACACAAGCUUUAUUUUAUUUUAUUUUGCUUUUAUUUUUUUUCUCCCUCUUCCCGCCGUGGCGCCCGCCGUGGCGCCCGCCGUGACGGAACUGGGGGCGCGCAACGUAAAGAGACAGAGACUCGGGAACGACGCCGUGCGACCAUGCUCGUCGGGGAAGACAAGAGACGACGCCGACGACGACAGAGGAUCACACGGGGGAGCCGGGUAGCUUUGGACCCAGCGGGAUUGCUUUCUUAUCUAGGUAGUCGGCAGCUGAAUCUUAACUCUACGUGCUUCUCGUGGGCAUCUCCAAGUACAGCGAUGCUUGAGUACGAGAGAUUCGGCUCGGCGGCUCAUCGUAUCUCUUUUUCACAAUACCCAUCCGUCGGUCGACAGAAGGGAGAACGCGGCGCGCCAUGGUGA